AAUGGAAGCAAUCCAUCGAUGAAGUGCGAUGAUGUGGAGGAUGUUCAGGGAGAGAAGGGUUCAUCUGAAGACAGUGAUGUGGAAGAAGAUGCACCAUGUGAAAAUCUACUCGAGUACAUAGAUCUAAAUGUCAUCGGACAUGAUACAGUCUUCGAAGGACCUUUUGGACUGAGAACUGUGAUUUACUGUGAUUACACAGCAUCUGGGAGGCCACUCAAGUUUAUCGAGGAAUAUAUUAUGCACUAUGUGUAUGCCCUCUACGCCAACACACACACAACCACUAGCAUAACAUCACGGCAGACGACACAGUUUCGACACGAGGCGAGAGAUAUCAUCAAGAAGUGCGUGAAUGCGUCCGAACAGGACGUGGUGAUCUUCACUGGGAGCGGUACGACCGGUGCCAUCCAUAAACUGAUCUCGGCUCUGCAGCUCAACAACAAUAUGACUGCCUACAAUACGGUCGUCAUCGUCGGACCCUAUGAACACCACUCGAACAUCCUGCCCUGGAAGGAGUCGGGUGUCCGUAAAAUUGUCAGAAUUCCUGACACGAGCAAAGGACAAGUGGACCUAUAUGAUCUUGAGAGACAGUUACAGACGUGGAAGGAAGAAGGAUUGCAAAUCAUCACUGCAUUCUCGGCUGCAAGCAACGUAACAGGAAUUGUGACGGAUACUGUUGCUGUAGGGGAGCUGGUUCAUAAAUAUGGAGGCCUCUGCUUCUGGGACUAUGCAACUGCUGCACCUUAUUUAAAAAUUGACAUGAAUCCCACAGAGACUGGGUACAAAGAUGCAAUGUUUUGUUCGCCACACAAAUUUGUUGGUGGCCCUGGUUCCCCGGGCGUUCUUAUUGCCAAAAAGCACCUGUUCAGAAAUCCAGUGCCUCAUGGAUGUGGCGGAGGAACUGUUCUUUUCGUGACAAGAGAUACUCAUUUGUAUCUGCAAGACAUUGAGAUGCGAGAGGAGGGUGGAACACCGGCGAUUAUUGAGUCGAUAAGGGCAGGCAUGGUGUUCCAAUUGAAACAUGAAGUCGGAACGGAUGUCAUCGAAGAACGAGAGGAUGAAUUGUGCAGAAAGGCAUUUGCCGCCUGGAAGAGAAAUCCAAACAUGCGGAUUUUGGGAAGCCACACGUCUCGGAGGCUCCCAAUUUUCGCCUUCCUUGUCUUUAAUCAGGAAACGGGCAAGUUUCUCCACCACAACUUCAUCUCGGUGCUUUUGAAUGACCUGUAUGGCAUACAGGCCAGAGGAGGCUGUGCUUGUGCAGGGCCAUAUGCACAGGAUCUCCUUGGAAUUGAUGAAGACAUGGCAAGGGAAUUUACAGAGUUUCUCUCUCAAACUCCAAAGGAUGGUGAAACUACACUGAAACAAGCUCUCGAAAUAAUGAAGCCAGGUUUCGUGAGGUUGAACCUACCGUACUUUUUCCCAGAUGAUGUUGUCGACUUUGUGCUAGACGCUGUCGAUAUGGUUUGCACCUAUGGUUGGAAACUCCUGCCUCAGUACGUCUAUAACGCUCACACGGGAUCGUGGCAGCACAGAAACUUCAACUACGACUCGAAUCUGUUCAGUCUGCAUAAGAUCCAUUACAGUAAAGUGGGCAUGGUCAUCGAAGAGGAUGCAUUUCCUUUUAUGACCAAUCCACUGUCGAUAGACCAGGUGGCAGCACGUGCUGUUCAGAUAUUUGAGAAGGCCCACCUCAUGCUUUCCAAAGCUGAAUCCAUGAAAGACUCGCCAUUAUCUGUGAUGAUAGACGAGGAAAAGCUCGGUCUGGUCUGGUUUGUGGAGCCCAGAGAGGCUUAUCUGCACCUUGCUAUAAGUAAAUUGUCGGUGGCACCAAAACCAGGGAUCCCGUUCCAGCCCCGGAGUGGCUCGCGUAAGGUAGUGGAUGAGGACGGGAGAGAAAACAAGCAACUCAGAGCUUCGUGGAAACGCCGCCGAUAUUCCCCGAAUCAGAUGUCGUUCUGGAUGAAGCACGGGCAGUUCCACACGCACGACGCAUGCAUCGUUGCUCGCGUUCAAGAAGCCUGGUCUACUGGUCAUCUUCCAGUAAUAUCUGAAGAUAGCAAAGACGUUUACGUGCUAGGCAACGACUCGGAGAAACUAACCAAAGUCGAUCCGGCAUUUUCCAUUCCUCUGAUGAUGAAGGACCACGCAUCCAGAUGGGCAACCCCGGGCACCAUCAGCCCACAUUCCGGCCAACACACGCCUGUGUCGGACGACGGCUCCCCCAAGGUCACGAGGUCACCGCGAUUGUCCGUCGACGUAGGCACGUGCAGGCCGCUGCCCGCUGCCAAGCGCAAAGGAAACGUGAAAUGUCCGUUGAUGUAACGCCGGAGCGGGUAUGCCAGUUGGCAAGCUGUUGGAAGGUGAGCUGAGAUGUAUGCCUGGAGAUGGCUGUUCGUGUUCGUAUAGCCCGGUGAUCGUUAACCCCUACGUCGCAAACUCUGCUCACUAUCGCAUGUUGAAAUGCUUGAUCGAGCAUCUUAUCUGCGGCCAGCGACCGAGUUUUCGGCUAUCGUCGCACAGUUUCCACGGCAACGGGGUUUGCAUUGUUUACUCGUUACGGUGUUGCCUUGUUAGAAUUUAUGUUGCAGACAAUAACAAGGGUAUAUAUGCAUCGCUGUGGUGGCCAGUAGUAGUAAUUUCAUUCGUAGUGAGUGAGUGCAAUACACUGAAUGCAUGAAUUGAAUAGUGUCACAAACAAGAAAAACAGAGACGAACGUAAUUAAAACGUAAAAACGUAUUUGAAUGUAAGACCCAUGUAUAUGCUUGAUAAAUGUAAUGAAUUUAGAGGGAAACCAGAGAUCGUGAUCAGGAGCAAUGCUCGGUGUUACAGAAGUGCAGCUAUAUUUUGAUACUUUUCUUUCAGCUAGACAUAAUAAAAAAACGUUUUAGCAAUGACCUAGUGUUUAUUAGAUCGUCCAUAGCAGAUCUAUUGAGAGUAAAGUGCAGCUUCUAUUGUGAUAUUUACAUGAAUGCUAAUACUAAUUCUGUGGGUAUGAAUUGUUACGGUGCCUAUAAAGUAUUACUAACAACACAAGUUGUUUCGCGUAUGUAUAUUUUCAGAAAAUCUUAUAUAAUAAUAAUAAUAAUAAUUAGUCGUCUUUCAGGACGCCCCUAAUCUUUUAUAGGGGUUUUGGUUGCGCAUGUAGUAGGAGACACAGGGCGCUACUCUAUAUGUUCCCGCAGUUUCCAUCAAACUUCGUUUUUCCACACUCUAUCUCUUUUUGCUGAGUGCUAAGCAGAGAAGCAGUGUGUACCAUUUUUUAAGUCUUUGGUAUGACCCGGCCGGUUAAUCUUAUAUAAUAUUAAAUUAAUAUUUUCUAAUAUAAUAUCUGGUGCUUGUAAAGUGUCAUAAACAGAAAAUGCAGAUAAAAAUGCUGAAGGGAAACGUUGCUGUAGUUGUAAUACCCAUUAAAAAAUAGUAGGUUUAUGCUAUGUAAAAAAGCAAUGAGUGGGAAUUUCUCAAAUUUUGCUAUUAAUUUCAAGUAUAUUUUGCAUGUUUUUAUCAUAAACAGAAAGUCGUCCAGGUAAUUAGUGGUCAGGUAUAAAUAUAAUGACAUUUUUGUGAUUAGCUCAAAAGUCAGGAAUGCGCAAAAUAAACAUUCAAAAGCUCAUCUUCGAAAAGGAGCAGGGCAAAUCGUACGGUGGGUGACAUGACAAUGACCAGUUCAAACGUCAAGCUCAAUGAUAGCAGAAAUAUGUAGCUGUAUACUAUUUUUUAACAAUAAGUAUUGUAACGUACUAUCAAAUUCUGUAUUAGUGUUCCCCUUUAACCUGACGUUAAGCAUUCGGCUUAAAGUAUAUAUAGUGUGAUAUAUUGUGUGUGUCACCAAAUUUGUACCACUGCGUUGAAGGUAUUCGGCAGGGUUAUUCCAAUAAUAUUAGGAAUACGUAAUAAUGUUGAUGUCUACAGAAUAGUAGUUUCUAUAUCAAAAUUCCAUGUUAAUGACAUUCCAUGAUUUGUUUCUAAAUGUAGGUAAUAUAUUUCUACGCGUGUAUAAGAGAGAAUGAAUGUGUGCCUACAAAUUAUAUUUUAAUAAAGAUAUAUUCAGUCGUUAUUUCUCAAGAAAACGGAUGUUAUUCAUUUCAAAUCAUGAUUGCUAUAUGUAACCAUUGCAACUCUAGUUGAAACGCUAAUGUGUUUUAAACACACAGAUGUAUGUUGAAUAGAGUAAUGCCGAUUAUGAACAUUUUAUUUUUAAUAAAGAUGUGUAAAGUUUA